UUCUUUGUUUUUGUUUGUUUUAAAGUUCAAAUCUUUAUGCUGUGUCAACUAAAAAAGAAGGGUCAAAUUUUUAAUACAUACAAACUUUGAUUUCUUUGUAUAAACAUUUCUUGAACUAUUUCAUACGCCUAGCUAUCACCAUUCUCCGUUUCUCAGGGUUAGGAAAAUAAGUUCAAUUUCUUUGGUAUAAGCCUUCUUGCAAUGGGAAAGUCUCCAGGAAAGUGGAUCAAGACCAUACUUUUUGGGAAGAAACCAUCCAAAUCUAGCUUUCUAAAGAAAUCUACAACCAAUAAAGAGGCAACCAUUGCCUGUAAGGCAGUGUCUGGUGAUUUGUCAGCGAAUCCUUCUGUAGUUUCAGACGUGGCACUUCAUACCUUGGACAGAAUUGAAGAAAAAUCAGAAAUUGGAGUAACUGCCAACCUACCACAUGAUGCAGUUGUCUCAAUGCCUGCAAAGCAAGGUGCACAUACCGAAGGAACCAUGGGUUUGGAUUCAGCUGGCGGUGCUGAGAUUACUAGGCAAGAACAAGCUGCUACAAAGGCACAGGCAGCUUUUAAAGGCUAUUUGGCUCGCCGGGCAUUUCGUGCUCUCAAGGGCAUCAUAAGGCUGCAAGCACUUAUUCGUGGACACCUGGUUAGGAGACAAGCCGUUGCUACUUUGCACUGCAUGCAGGGAAUUGUUAAGUUACAGGCACGCAUUCGUGGUCGAAAAGUCAGACUUUCUGUUUGUGGGCUUGAAGUGCAGAAAGGAUGCAGUGUGGAUGUUGCACGGGUUGAGCCAGUUGGAUUACAUACAACCAGUAGGCCAGAAAAGCUGUCAACAAAUGCUUUUAUUUGUAAGCUUCUUGCUUCAUUGCCAACUGCUAUGCCCUUGAGCCUCCACUAUGACCCAGUUGAACCAAAUUCAGCUUGGGAUUGGCUAGAACGCUGGACAUCAUCUCAAUUUUGGGGACCACUUUCACAGCCAAAAUGUGUUCCCGAUGCUAAAUCUCAUAGACAGCAAGACAGCAUUCAAACAGGGGAAACUCAAUCAAGCAGGGCAAAACGAGGUGUGCGCAAGGUCCCAACUGUAAAUGUUGAAAAUAAUUCACUGCAUCCCACAUCUGAGUGUGAAAAGCCUAGACGCUACCUCAGGAAAGCUAUGACCCAUCAAGCAGAACCAGUGCAUGAACAGACUCCAGAUGAACUUGAGAGGGUGAAACGGAAUUUGAGGAAAGUUGCUGUAUCCAACUCAGUGACUCCUGAUCGGUCAGAAGCUAUGACUGAGAAGCCAAAGUUAAAUAUGCGAAAGGUGUCAAACUCCACAGUAUCUGAUGCUCCUCAGAAGGGUAGCAAUAAUUCCUCUGAAAAAGUAAAUGACCCAAUAGUAGAAAUACCUCCAAAACCAUUGGCAUUGGAGGAGACAAUUGAUAUGAUGCAUGAUGAUCACCCUACUGGUGAGCGACUUCCUUUAGAAACUGUUGAAAAAAUUGAUAAGAUUCCAGUGGUGAAUGAGGAGCUAAAUACAAAGGAGGAUCACACUAGCAAGGAGAACCAGAAAAGCCGGAGAAGAUCUUUCCCAGCAAAGCAGGAAUACCCAGAGAAUGUUUCACAGAAUACUCCAACCCUGCCAAAGUAUAUGCAAGCAACUGAAUCUGCCAAGGCAAAACUUAGAGCACAAGGAUCCCCGAGGUUUGGUCAAGAUGAAAUGGAAAAUGGUUUCAUCAGGCGGCAUUCUUUGCCAGCUUCCACUAAUGGUAAAUUGAGCUCAAUGUCACCACGGGUGCAAAGGUUAGCUCCAUCAAAUGGCAAAGGAGGGGGCAAAAGUGACAGAUCACUAUCAUCCUUUAAAGAUGGUGAGGAUAAGGUGGCCCGGCCAGGGUGGAGAAGGUGAGUUUGGUGCCAUCUGCUUUGAGAAUUCAGAUAUUAGAAAGGUAUGUGGAAAAACAGGGGUGUGGUGUACCUGGAGUCUUAACCUUAGUUCUUUGUGUUUUGUGUGCUAAAUUCAAUGUAUAGUCAUGGACUUGCACUUCAGCAUAAUUGUCGGUUGAAAUUAGCAUCAAUGUUUCUCUGCUCCACCAUAGAAUUCUCAGAUGUAAGAAAUCUUAACUAUGCUUAACCCAGAAUCUAUGAAAUUUAAUAUUUAGCUUGUUUACUUUAUUGAUU